UUUCCCGCGGCGGUGGCGGUCGGGGCGGGCGCAGCGUGUGGGCCGCGCGCCGCCGCCAUGGGCUUCGGGGACCUGAAGUCCGCCGCGGGCCUCCGCGUCCUCAAUGACUUCCUGGCCGACAAGAGCUACAUCGAGGGGUACGUCCCUUCCCAGGCUGACAUAGCUGUCUUCGAAGCGAUCGCUGGCCCGCCGCCUGCAGAGUUGUUCCAUGCUCUCCGGUGGUACAAUCACAUUAAGUCGUAUGAAAAGCAGAAGGCAAGCUUGCCUGGAGUAAAGAAGGCUUUGGGAAAAUACGGUCCUGCUGAUGUUGAGGAUACCACAGGUGCGGCCACAGAUAGCAAAGAUGAUGAUGACAUUGACCUUUUUGGAUCUGAUGAUGAGGAGGAAAGUGAAGAAGCAAAGAAACUGAGGGAAGAACGUCUGGCCCAGUAUGAAUCAAAGAAAUCCAAAAAACCAGCUGUUAUUGCCAAGUCGUCAAUCCUGCUUGAUGUGAAACCUUGGGAUGAUGAGACAGACAUGGCCAAGCUGGAGGAGUGUGUGCGAAGCAUUCAAGCAGAUGGCUUGGUCUGGGGGUCUUCCAAGCUAGUACCUGUUGGCUAUGGUAUCAAAAAGCUUCAGAUCCAGUGUGUUGUUGAAGAUGAUAAAGUUGGAACAGAUAUGCUGGAAGAGAGAAUAACAGCUUUUGAAGAUUAUGUACAAUCAAUGGAUGUAGCUGCUUUCAAUAAGAUUUAAGUCUUGAUAUACCUAGAAUAAAUGUUGUUGCAAAAAA